UACGUCAUUGAGGCGUCCUCGCGGGGACAGAGGAACCAACGUGUGUGUGACGUCACGGGGUCGUUUCCGCUGCGGAAGCCGCCGCCGCUUGUAAACAAAGCAGUUCAGCGGCAGCAGCGGCAGCAGCAGCGGGUCUGAUGGAGGUCUGAUCAGAGCCGAGGUGAACCCGGUCCCGUUCAGCCGACAGUCCGUGUGAUGGAGCGCCGCUGCGACUGAGUCGGAACCAGCAGCAACAUGUCUAUGGAAGACCCGUUCUUCGUCGUCAAGGGAGAGGUACAGAAGGCAGUGAACGCAGCUCAGAGCCUCCAUCACAGAUGGUGCGAGCUGCUACAGGAGGGGGGCGGAGCCUCCAAGGAGGAAAUGGACUGGACGACCAAUGAGCUGAGGAACAGCCUGCGUUCCAUCGAGUGGGACCUGGAGGACCUCGACGAGACCAUCAGCAUCGUUGAGUCCAACCCAAAGAAGUUCAACCUGGACGCGGCCGAGCUGUCGAAAAGGAAAGCCUUCAUCACCAGCACCAGACAGACUGUCAAGGAAAUGAAAGAUCAGAUGUCGAUUCCAGCUGCUGCCUCAGUGGACAGAAAGAACAAACAGGCUCUGCUCGGCGAGCGUGGUGCUCAAGGUCCGAUCUGGCAGCCUGAUAAAUACGUCCGACUGGAUCAGCAACUGCAGAAGGCCAACACUCAGUUUAUAGAGGAGCAGCAGGGCCAGCAGCAGCUGAUAGUGGAGCAGCAAGAUGAACAGCUGGAGCUCGUGUCAGGAACAAUCGGAGUCCUGAAGAACAUGUCGGAGAGGAUCGGCAUGGAGCUGGACGAACAGUCUGUGAUGUUGGACGACUUCACUCACGAGGUGGACAACACUCAGUCCAGAUUGGACAACGUCAUGAAGAAACUGGCCAAAGUGUCUCACAUGACCAGCGAUCGUCGUCAGUGGUGCGCUAUCGGCGUGUUGCUCGCCAUCCUCUUCGUUGUCAUCCUCCUCUUCUUCAUCCUCUGAUUGAGGCCUCUUCCUGUCAGCACAGAACUCGUCUUAAUGCUGUGUCUACACGUCUACUGGACUCUACUGGACUCUACUGACCCCUACAGACCUCUGCUGAGCUUAUCAGGACUAGACUGGACUGGAGAAAAAAAGAAAGAAAGUCAAAAAGCAAAAACCAGUCCAGUAGAGUCCUGAUCCUGAGCCAGCUGGACUGAAGACGUGUUGGAUGAUAAGACACUGGAAGUAAAGCAUUCUAGGAUUUGAUGUUAUUAAAUUCUGGGUGACGCCCACCUCCAUCAGAGAACCACUCCAUUUAUAGAAUUACACACCUGAGAAGUCGGAACAAUCAGCCAAUCGGGCUCCUGGAAAAACUGAACCCACAGACAGCAUCAGUAUUUAAGUUUAACAUGAAACAGCAGGUAAACUCCAGCUGGCAGCAGAUCGGUCUGUCGCAUUCUGGUUUUAUUUAACCUGUGUCAAACAAAAAUCCAUCAUCUUUCAUCUCACUAAUCAAAAUGAAACAAGGUCUGAAACCAGUUACUGGACUCUCCUGGACUCUGAUAUCACAGACAGACUUUACUGCACCACACUGUGUUCUGGUUUCUCCUGGACCCUCCUGGACGUUCUCUUCCCUGUGAGUGGGACUGAUGUGAAAAUCAUCGCAGAGGUUAAAGGUCAGACCGGGUGUAAAUAAGUUUGACAUGUUCAUGUUUUAGAAAAAAUUGUUUGAUGUUUUCUUUAAAGGGCUGAAAAAAACAUCUCAACUCCAGAUUAAUUCCCGUUCGACUCUAGAUUAAUCCCUGUUCGACUCCAGAUUAAUCCCUGUUCGACUCCUGUUUAUCUCCAGUUCAAUCCUCGUUCAACUCCAGUUCAAUCUCCGUUCAACUCCAGUUCAACUCCAGUUCAAUCUCCGUUCAACUCCAGUUCAACUCCAGUUCGACUCCAGUUCAAUCCCUGUUCGACUCCAGUUCGACUCCAGUUCAAUCCCCGUUCAAUCCCUGUUCGACUCCAGUUCAAUCCCCGUUCAAUCCCUGUUCAACUCCAGUUCGACUUCAGAUUAAUCCCCGUUCAACUCCAGUUGAACUCCAGUUCAACUCCAGUUGAACUCCAGUUCAACUCCAGUUGAACUCCAGUUCAAUCCCCGUUCAAUCCCUGUUCAACUCCAGUUCGACUCCAGUUCGACUCCAGUUCAAUCCCUGUUCGACUCCAGUUUGACUCCAGUUCGACUCCAGUUCAAUCCCCGUUCAAUCCCUGUUCAACUCCAGUUCGACUCCAGAUUAAUCCCCGUUCGACUCCAGAUUAAUCCCCGUUCGACUCCAGAUUAAUCCCCGUUCGACUCCAGAUUAAUCCCUGUUCGACUCCAGUUCGACUCCAGUUCAAUCCCCGUUCAAUCCCUGUUCAACUCCAGUUCGACUCCAGAUUAAUCCCCGUUCGACUCCAGAUUAAUCCCCGUUCGACUCCAGUUCAACCCCAGAUUAAUCCCUGUUUAACUCCAGUCUAAUUGUACUUUAUAACCACUUUAACUCCAGUUUAGUAACUUCUGUUUGACUCCUUUUAGACACUUUAACUCCACUUGAAUAAAACUUUGAACUCCAGUUUUAAUUUCAGGUUAAGUUUAAUCCUACCUUUUUCCCCGUGUAUCAAUCAGAGGAUACGGGUGUCACCACAGUGGUUAUCAGCUUUCUGACGUUCCUCGCUGUACGGGUAAUCUUCCUUCAUAUUCUACCGCUCUGGUUCAGCUCCGGUUCAGUACGAGGCUGGAGCUCGUUAAUAAAAAAACCACAUGAAAUAACAUAAGAACACUAAAACUUCCUGUUUCUGUUAUUUUUCUGUUUACAAUUUGUGUCUUUAGGCGACUGAUGUUUUAUCUUUUAUUACUUUAUUUUAUUUCCUGUACGGUAUUUUAUUCACACCACACACUUCCUGCUGCUUCAAUUCACAAUAAAAGCCUUUCCCCAGUGCACCUCUGGUGGGCUUUUAAUGUGAAGCAGCAGCAGGAAGUUAGCGUGCGAGCUAACUGCCUGUUUGAUAACAGGUGAGCUGUAAUGGUGCUUUCAGACCAAACGCCACUUUCCUCGCGUGAGUACAUUAGCUGCAAGUGUUCACACACAACACGAGAAGGCGAUUAGAACCCGCGAAAAUUCGCUCGAGUUGGAAAUUUUCAACUCCGGCCUUCACGUUGCCUUCACGUCACCGGCACCAACCCUUCGCACCGCCUGACAGGAAAUCGCAGCUCUAUGCGUCUUUGCAUUGACUUUGUAUGUAGACUCCCCGCCCCGAACGCUCGCUUCGCUUUUGGUCUGAAAGCACAGUCAGACGCAGGUUCAGUCUGCAGAUGGUGUUAAAAUGUUUCCUGUUACUGUUUUAAUAAACUAAACCUCAGUAUUGAUAACUGACUGAAAAACACAGAAUUUCAACACUAACUCUUCAGAAGUCCAUCCUGCAGGUUUCACCCUUAAUGACUGUUUCUGUGUCGACUGAACAUUUAUUUUAUGUUGAAAUGAAAUCCAUGUUUCAACCGACAUGAUGAUGAUGAAUCCACUCUGUUUGCUGACACAUCAGCUCAGUGAAUUCAGAAGAGAAGUUCUCUCAUCGCACUUUUCCUUCCAGAACUCUGGAACAUUAAAAUAUUUCAGCUGAGUGAACUCGUUUGAGAAGUGAAACCAUUUAAACUGUAUUAUUAAUCGUGAAUUGAAAACAUUGUCUUUAUUCAUUUACUUUGUGUGUGAGUGAACGUUUUAUGUCUGCUGGUGAAUUUUAUUUCAAUGAACUGAUGCAGAAAAUAAAAACGGAAUCUGAUCUUUGA